AUGCAGGCACACCUUUUGUCCGACGCCAGGCACGCAAGAUGGUGCCACGGCUGGCGCGGCGCAGUGCAAAAACGCCCGCUACGGAAAAACAUGCCACCGGAGUCCGCCCAUUGCGGGGGGCACAUCGGCGGGAUCGCCGAGCGGUUGCGGCCGGCGUGCGGCCGCAACCGCGGUCGAGACGCGACCGGGCCGCGGCCCGGGUUACACCGCGUGGCGCGCAUCACGCUGCGUCAUCAGGACGGGGCAGCGCGGCAAAAAGCGGGGCGGCUAGGGGGAGGCCGGGAGGCGGCUAGGGACCGCGUCGGCGGGGAGGCCGGGAGACGGGCCCUGGGCGCAGCGAGGACGGCGCGUUGCGACGCGAUUGCGACGCAACCCGCGACGCAAUUGCGGCGGGCGGAGACGAGCGCCAACGCCACGCCGAUCGCAUGCAGGGAAAGCGCGGGGCGGUGGGGAGGCCGCAAGAUGCGAGUAGCGGGGGACGAGGAGGAGAAAAUACAGGCGGGAUUGGGUUUUGGCGGCGGAACGCGCCGAGGCCGGAGCACGUGA